AUGAACAAUGAGAGAACAGACGAGAAUAUUCGAGCUUUCGUAAAAGACUACAAAACUGUUGUGCUGAAUAUUUCAGACCACAAGCCAUCGUCAACUAAAACGGACCAUACUUAUGCCGAUAAGAUAAUCAGAUUCACUGCAUACGAGAAGAAUUUUACUUUGAUUCUGAAUCGAGACAGAAGUGUCUUGUCGCCUGUUUUGACUGUAACUAUGGGAGGGUCGGUGUGGUUUGGCAGUCAGCUCUCAGCUAUGGGAAUAGCUUCAGUGUUAUCUGGGAGAGUCGAGGGAGUAAAAAGCUCGUACGUAUUUGGAAAAAUACACGGAGGGUCAUUUGACGGUAUUGUACAGAUUGAAGGCGAAGUGUUUUAUAUAGAACCUAUGUCUAAGUAUAUCUCGGAUAUCCUGAUAGAAAACAGUUCUUAUGAAAUAUGUAUCAUUUAUAAGAAAGUGGAUUUGGUGGACCAAAAAGAUUCUGUUCAAUUUAAACAAAAGAAACAUUGUCAAACUAUGAACAGCACAGAAAUUCAAGCGCCGAGGGUUUUGACCAGUGCUCGAAACAAAAGUUCCAGAGCAAAACGAUCAGCGAUUUUCUCGUAUUCAUGUUCACUCCAUGUAGUCGUUGAUCAUACAUUCUUUAUCAACGUGGGCCAGUCCUCGCGUUUUCAAACUAUCGCUGAAAUACUGUACCUUGUGGGAAGUGCAGAUCAUAUUUUCAGAAGUACUGACUUUGACGGAGAUAGUAAAGGCGACAAUGUGGGUUUUACUAUCACAGCAAUCACAAUAUACACUAACGAAACGGAGAAAGAUUACAGAAUGGCUGAAAACACUGACGUCUAUGAAUACCUCAACCAAUUUUCUAAAUAUAAUUUCGACGAUUUCUGCCUCGGCGUAGCGUUCACGUUCCGCGACUUUGAAGACGGAAUUGUUGGCCUCGCGUGGAUUGGAAAUUCUGAUGUCUUUGGACCUCCUGGUGGAAUAUGUCAGACACGAAUUAGUUUGUCUGGGGAAAUAUUCAACUUUAAUACAGCUCUUGUAACCAUGUUAAGUUACGGAAGUAGAGUACCGAGCUACCGAGCAGCCCUGACGCUAGCGCAUGAAUUUGGACAUAGUUUCGGUAGCAAUCAUGACGAUGCGACGAACUUGAUUUGUGCACCAGGGAACCAGAUGGGGAACUAUAUAAUGUAUCCUUAUGCAGCUGAUGGUUCCAAACCAAAUAACAAUCAGUUUUCAAGUUGUAGUUUAAGUCAAAUCUAUCCGGUCAUUGUAAACAAGGGUACCUGUCUGCGAACUGAAGUUGGACCAGUUUGUGGCAACGGUAUGGUAGAGGCAGGGGAAGAGUGUGAUUGCGGCAGUUCCAGAAUAUGUGCUUUCUAUAGUGAUUUGUGCUGCGUCCCUUCUGAUGUCACAAAUGAAGUCGAUAGGCCGUGCACUUUGCGGAGAGAUCAGGGUAGAAUUUGCUCUUGGACACUCUCUCCAUGUUGCAAUAAGAAUUGCACCUAUAUUCCAGCAGCUAAAAGGCACAAAUGUUCUGAGGCAUCUCAGUGUAAAGAAGAGUCGUUCUGCGAUGGAACCAGCGAAGAUUGUCCCGACGUGUCGUUUUCACUAGAUGGCGCUACCUGUGACGAUGGAAAGAAAACGUGCAAGGAUGGUUCAUGUGUUAGAAGUAUAUGCGAGUCGAGAGGCAUGUUCGCAUGUCAUUGUACUGAAGAUGACGAAAGCAUGUGUAUGCUGUGUUGUCGUUCCAACAACUCUACAAAAUGCCAUCCCGCACAUAAUUUUGGUCUUCUAGGGACUUCCGGUGAGAUCCUUUUCAAAGAUGCUGGUGAAACAUGCUACAGCAAUACCGGCGUUUGUAACAAAGAUCACCAAUGUAUCCUUAAUAACCCUAACGAUGUCAUAAAACGACUUGGAAAAAUGUUUAACGAUGAUAGUUUAGAGGAUAUCAAAACUUGGUUAACAAAUUACUGGUAUUACAUUGUGAUUUCUGUAGUAGGUCUCGCUAUUUUGGUCAUGAUUUCCAUUUUGACGAAGAAGAAACUUGAUAAUACUCAUAUCGACGCUUAUCGUAUGGGUAGAUUAUUGCGAGUCACCGAACAAGCCAACAUGGAGAAAGAGCGACAGAAACGACAAUUUGAGGAACUUGAGGAAAAAUUUAAUGAGAAAAUACGGAAGGUUAAGGAAUGUGUUGUUCAGCGAGAGUUUACCGAGGCCGUGUCUAGACUUGUAAACUUAUUCCCAACGGCGGAAACCGGAACUAUAGCUGAUAUAUGCCGGAAGUGUACUUCGGAAGAUGUAGCCGUCAGACUCCUCCUCAUGAAGGGUUAUCCAAUCAGACGAAUGGUUUGUGCAAAAGACACACUGGUGAAUAGCAGCGAUAAAACAAUUAAGAAUUGUAGAUACUGUAGAGCCAAAUGA